CUUAGACACCGUAAUAGGCUCUCAUAACUAGGCUCUCGCAAGCUUCCUUUAUAUAUAUUUUUAAGGUGAUAUAUAUAAAAGAAAGGGCGCGUGGCUCAGUCGUGUAGAGCGUUCGUCUAGGUUGACUCCAGGUUCGGGGUUCAAAUCUUCGCACGUCCACUUUUUUUCUUUUAUUCUUUUACUCUAUUCAACACUCUUCAUACAAACAAGGGGCCAAUUUCGAGCACAAACAUUAAAGUGACCUACUCAAGCAAAGUAUUAUAUCGUCUGGCAUCUCUCAUAGUAGUAACCCCUUCGAAAUGGUAGGUUAUCUUGAUAAGCUACCGAGGUAAGCUGUCCUUGUUAAGUAGUUCGUGCAGACGCGUUUAUCCUUCAAUCCAGGCAUGGCUAGCAGAAAGAAUCCUUGUUGGUGGUUCUCAGUAUGCAUAUUAUCCAGUUUUUCAGUGGCCCGUCGAACACUUCAAUUUGGAUUUGGACUUGCUGGUAUUCGCUUCAAGCGGUCCUUCAGGUCUCUGUUCUAUUAUCACAUUCCCUGCUUCAUCUAUGCUCUCACUUACCUAGGGAGUGGUUUGAUGUUUGAUCGAGUCAUAGACUCUUUGUAUGUCAGGCUCUCACCUAGUCUUUCGGCAAUGGCUAGUCCUCAAUGUGCUCGAAAAGUAGACGCUACACCCACCAGUGACUUUAUCGACCAUUGUCCUGUUGUUUGAGGUUGGCAAACUGCUAAUUAACAACAAAGUCACAGGUGCAGAACAAGGCUUUUGUGAUCUUCACCAGAGCGUUUUGCUGAUGGAUAUGCCACCGUUUUGCCCUGUUCUGCCAUGUGUCCAUUGUCAAAUGCCACCGAAGAAUAAUCACGGCAAACACCCACAGGACCGAAAAAUUCCUUUGCUUGGUACCCCGAGAAGCUAUG